AAGAAAUCGCCCUCGUUUUGGCCCCCGAAGUUGGGGGCUAAGUGCUCCCCCCACCUAAGUAGCCAAGACUGCGGGAUUAUACACCAUUGAUCACUCACUCGCCAGAGCCUGAUAUUUAUGAUUGCUAAACCUCACGCUUGAAAGGUCGUAAUGUGUCCUAGCUAUGACCGAAAAAACAAUGGAAUUCAACGGUGCGCUCUGCGGGAUUUGCCAUAAGUUCACCAGCGAUCUUUUCGGCUUCAAUUUCGCUGAACCACCCAGUCUUCCGCUGCCGUGGGUGCCCCAAGACCAACAGUCUCGUUUUGGUUGGGGUGUUGGGUUCCGCCACCAUGAAACCCUGGAUGAUCUCCUCAAGAGCUCGCAAGAGUGCGAAAUGUGCGAGGUGCUCUACGAGGACCUGGCCAUUGGGCUCGAUCGCGAACUGUGUCGGGGCUGGCUCGGACUAUAUCCGUGGUGGAGCAACCGCUAUAUCGCGUCCGGAAGCAAGAAAGGCCAGUUCCGGGCUGGCUUUCGCAACAGCUUACAGGAUAUGCCCUGGGGUGCCACCCAGAUCGGUGCCAGCCCCUCACAUACCUUCAAGGUUUGUCGACGGGAGAUAGUGCCGAAUAGUGUUAUCGAGUCUCACGAGCUGGUUGUUUACGAACAAGCACUGGUAACGCCAACGUACAUCUCCUCCGGGGAUAUAGCGCGGAAGGUAGAGCGCUGGACUCAGAACUGUGCCGAGAAUCACCAAGCAUGUCAGAAGGAAACGGGGGGCACCGGCCUGCCAACAAGAGUGAUCGACAUUGGAGGACCUGAGACGAGCGGUCACCGGUUAUAUGAGUCUCAAGGAGAAAAGGUGCCGUAUAUUGCGCUCAGUCAUUGCUGGGGUGGCGCGAUCCCCUCUAGAACAAUCGAGUCCAAUGUCGCAGAACGGUGCGAGGCGAUAAACAUCGAGGAGCUCCCAAAGAACUUCCGAGAUGCCAUUGAGGUCGCACGGGCUCUGCAAAUACGCUACAUCUGGAUAGACGCGCUCUGCAUUAUCCAGGACUCGACCGAGGAUUGGUUCAGGGAGGCUGCCAAGAUGGCUUCCAUCUACGCCGGGGCUGCUGUUGUUGUGUCCGCUUUGGAUGCAGCAUCGAGUACCACCGGGUUCCUCGGGAAGAAACGCGCCCCACUAGCUGCACUGAACAGUCAAUACUGUAUCCAGAAAGUGUUUCCUGUCUUCUUCGACAACUUCGCAAAUCGGGCCCUCAACACCCGGGGCUGGUGUAUGCAGGAACGACUUCUGGCGCCCACCGUCCUCCAUUUCGGAAAGGAACAGAUGUACUGGGAAUGCGCCACCUGCUGCACCUACGAAGACGAAACGGCGUUUCAUCCACGGCUUUCCGGGAACGCGGUGGGGAUCUUUCAGGAGGCCCGGCACCGCCUGCUCACCCGCUCCGAAUACGCCUGGCGAGACUGGUAUCUGCUGUUGGAGGAAUACACCAUGCGCCAUCUGACGGUGGCUUCCGACAAGCUGCCCGCAUUGGCGGGUGCGGCCUCAAUGUUCCAGUCGCGGAUCCCGGGGGCGACGUACCUCGGGGGCCUCUGGAAAGAGGAUCUGGCUCGAGGUCUUCUCUGGGGCGCGCAUUAUAAUCAUGUGGAAGGCAGAAAGGUAUGGGGGUAUUCAUCCGCUGACGAGUGUAGCGCGCUGAGCGAGGCGCAACACAAGCGCGCGCCCAGCUGGAGCUGGGCGGCUCUAGACGGGCGGCUCGACUUCUGGGCACUUCGUUCUAAUAGCCUGGCCGAUUUCGAGAUAAUAGAAAUUGAGGUAGCCGGCAACAGGGAGAACGGUCUUACGCAGGUAAAUUUCGAGGGAACUCUCAAAAUCCGCGGCUCCAUUGCCCAGAUGUUCUAUCGCCCGAACGAAGGCCUCGACGUGGGGCACUUGACAUUUGCAGAACUCGACUCCAUCGAAGAUAAGUCUACGUGCCUUGGCGGUUGCGUAUUAGACGUGAAUCGCCAGACAGCGCGGGCCUGCUGGGCACUAAUCGGGAUACGUGAGGAUCGAACCUGGUAUCUGCUGAUACUUGAGAGAUCCGGUGCUGGAAAGUAUAAGAGAAUAGGCUUCUGCACUGCAUACUACGUGGAAGUAGACCCUGCACGGUUUGCGGUGGAGGAAAUUUUAAUGCCAUGAAAAAGAGCUUGUGUUCGGGUUUUCUCAAGUUAUUCGUGGUCCGAUAAAACAUCGCUGUUUCGUGAGGUGGCGCUGGCCUAAUGUGACUGGCUCUGGCACAAAAGGUCCCAUCGACGUCGGCUCAUGUGUUUUGAAUGGGUACUACAAUUGCCAACGGAAAUAAAAACACAUAAGAUUGGAAAUACUGAGAGGAUUGGCAAUAAUGAGCUUCAAGCGCUCGACCAUGCGGUCUAGUCCAAUCCAAUUCCCAUGUGCGCGUUAGCUAGCGGAAUAAGAUCCAAGACUAUGGUAGUCAUCAAUGUUGCCGAGCUAAAAAAUUGAACGCCUCGCGCUGUUAUAUGAUGCCAGUCUCAAUGCUAUGUAG